GAUCAGAUAUAUAACAUUUUAAGGAUCUGGUUUUUCACUUUGUUUUGCAAAUAUAUAGAUAUAGGAAAAAUAUAUAUAUAUAGAAGAAGAAGAGAAUGGUGAGUGGGAAUUUGUUUCAUUUUAGAAAGAAUUCAUGGCCACCCGAGGAAUAUAUUAAUCGUACUACUCUUCAACUGCUUGAUUUUGAGGGAGGUGCGCCUCCUGAACAAGCAUGGAGAAGGAAGCUAAAUACUCAUGCCAAUAUUCUCAAAGAAUUCAGUAUAACUUUUAUGGAAGCCUUAAAAAUGAUGCGGCUUGGCUUCCGGUUGUGGUCUUAUGUAAGAGAAGAAGCCUCCCACGGAAGGAGAGCACCAAUCGAUCCAUUCAAUCGUGACAUAAAACCAUUAGCUUCUCAAGGGGUUCCACUUGGUGGCAUGGGAAGUGGCAGCAUAACUAGAGGUUUUAGAGGAGAGUUCAGGCAAUUCCAAAUCAUUCCGGGUACAUGUGAGGCUUCUCCUGUCAUGGCCAAUCAGUUCUCUAUUUUUAUAUCCCGAGAAGGUGGCAAUAAAAAAUAUGCAUCAGUGUUAUCUCCGGGCCAACACGAAGGGAUAGGAAAAUGUACAGAUCAAGGUUUGUCAUCAUGGGGCUGGAAUUUGAGCGGCCAACAUUCCACAUAUCAUGCAUUAUUCCCACGAGCAUGGACAGUUUAUGAUGGUGAACCUGAUCCGGAGCUAAAGGUGUCAUGUCGCCAGAUUUCACCGUUCUUGCCUCAUAAUUAUCGAGAUAGUAGCCUUCCCACAUCCGUUUUUGUUUAUACGUUGGUGAAUACUGGAAAAGAAAGAGCACAAGUCAGCCUUCUUUUAACCUGGGCAAAUUCAGUUGGAGGUAUAUCACAUCUUUCUGGAGAUCAUGUCAACGAGCCAUUCAAGGGCAAAGACGGAGUCUCUGGUGUGCUUCUAAAUCAUAAGACAUCCAGAGGGCACCAUCCAGUUACUUUUGCCGUAGCAGCCUGUGAAACCCAGAAUGUAAAUGUGACGGUUUUACCAAGUUUUGGUUUGUCCGAGGGAAGCUCUGUUACCGCAAAACAGAUGUGGGGUAAAAUGGCACAGGAUGGGCAAUUUGAUCAGGGUAACUUCAAUACCGGGCCAACUGGUCCUUCAUUAGCCGGAGAUGCAAAUUGUGCUGCGGUAUCUGCUUCAGCAUGGGUUGAACCAAAUGGGAAGUGCACUGUGGCAUUUGCUAUAGCAUGGUCAUCUCCCAAAGUCAAGUUCAUGAAGGGGAAAUCAUAUCACAGACGGUACACUAGAUACUAUGGUACUUCUCAGAGGGCAGCUGAGGACUUGGUUCAUGAUGCUCUAACUAAUUACAAAAGGUGGGAAGAAGAGAUCGAGAAAUGGCAAAAUCCAAUCCUGAAAAAUGACAAACUGCCAGAAUGGUACAAGUUCACAUUAUUCAACGAGCUCUACUUCUUGGUUGCUGGUGGCACAGUCUGGAUUGACACACAACUACCGGCAGCCGACUUCGUGCAUAAUCUAGAGGAAAAACCAAAGAUAACAUACAACACAAAUAAUGGUGACAGUGACACCAACAAUGGUUUCGCAUAUGAUGAUGAAAAUUCUCUUACAACUUCAAGUGAAGAUGAGCGUGAUGGAGAAGACAUAAGACUUUCUUUGAAUCCAAAUGAUGACAAUGAGGAUGUUGGUAGUUUUCUUUAUUUAGAAGGUGUGGAAUACAUCAUGUGGUGUACUUAUGAUGUUCACUUCUAUGCAUCCUUUGCUCUUCUUGAACUCUUCCCUAAGAUCGAACUCAGCAUUCAAAGGGAGUUUGCGAGAGCCGUGUUAUUUGAGGAUGAAAGAAAAGUCAAAUUUUUGGCAGAUGGAAAAUGUGGAAUCCGGAAAGUUAAAGGAGCUAUCCCACAUGAUCUUGGAACUCAUGAUCCAUGGCAUGAAAUGAAUGCAUAUAACAUACACGAUACAAGCAAAUGGAAAGAUUUAAACCCUAAAUUUGUGCUUCAAGUUUACCGAGAUUUCGCUGCAACUGGUGAUUUAUCGUUUGGAGCCGAAGUAUGGCCUGCUGUUUGUGCUGCCAUGGCUUAUAUGGACCAGUUUGACCGAGACAAUGACUGUCUAAUUGAAAACGAUGGUUUUCCGGAUCAGACAUAUGAUGCGUGGACGGUUCACGGUGUUAGUGCGUAUUGUGGUUGCUUAUGGCUUGGUGCGCUUCAAGCUACUGCAGCCAUGGCUGCACAGCUGGGUGAUUCAGCCACAGCUGAAGGGUAUAAACGCAAAUUCAUCAAGGCAAAAGCUGCGUUUGAAGCAAAACUAUGGAAUGGAUCUUACUUUAACUAUGAUAGUGGAUCAAGUAACAAUAGUAAAUCGAUUCAAGCUGAUCAAUUAGCGGGUCAAUGGUAUAUGGCAGCAUCGGGAUUGCCAAAUCUGUUCGAUGACGUGAAAAUCCGAAGCUCGUUGCAAAAGAUUUAUGAUUUUAAUGUUAUGAAGGUUGGAGGAGGUAGGAUGGGGGCGGUUAAUGGUAUGCACCCUAAUGGAAAAGUGGAUGACACUUGUAUGCAGUCUCGUGAGGUGUGGGCAGGGGUUACUUACGGUCUUGCAGCUACUAUGAUUCAUGCAGGUAUGGAAGAAGAAGCUUUCACGACUGCUGAAGGUAUAUUUACUGCUGGCUGGUCAGAGGACGGUUUUGGAUAUGCUUUCCAGACACCGGAGGGAUGGACGAUGGAUGGGCAUUUUCGGUCACUUGUAUACAUGAGACCACUCGCGGUUUGGGGUAUGCAGUGGGCAUUGUCUCCUACUAAGGUGGUUCUGAAUGCUCCUUCGAUCAACAUGAUGGACUCGGUUCAUGAAUCCCCUGCAGUUUUGAAUGGUGAGACAGGAGUUAGAAAGAUCGCUCACAAAGCCAAGUGUUUCAGUGGCUCUGUAUUCCAUUGCACGUGUUGACAGCUAUUGCAAUGUCUUCAUUUAUGCUUUCAGGGGCUAACAAGUAAAAGGAGGUAGUUUUAUCAGGUUGCAUGUACCAUGUGCUUAUAGUCGAGAGGAUUAUUAGUUCUCUAGUUAAUUUUCUCCUAUAAAUCAAUUAAAUCAUGGAGAGCAACACCUUGAGUACUGGUGGUUGCAAGUGAGACUUGCAUAAACUUUGAACUUGCAUAUUAACCCUGGAAUGGUGCAACUCAGUUUAUACAAAUCUCACUGAUGUGCAAUGAUUUUGUUUGGUUUUGAUAGGAACCAUGGACAUCGUAUACUACUUUUUACUUGUAAGCAACAGAACAAACAAACCUUGUAAGACAAAUAAAUUUAUUUGACACGAUCCAUUACGUGAGAAUGAAAAGGCAUAUUAUACGUU